AUGAAACGUUUCUUGUGUCAGGAAAAAGUUGUUUAUCAAAUCGGCCUCAGAAAUCCACCCCAUACCACCGAAGGUCAAGAACUCAAUUCGCAUUCAGAAUUGCAAGUUUUUAAUUACUCGUUUUCAACUGAUUUGGCUGUUGUUGGGGCAAGUACUCUUCCUCCCCUUCUCUUCCUCCUUUUCAUCACCAUCUUCUUCUUCUUCUUCUUCUUCUUCUUCUUCUUCUUCUUCUUCUUCUUCUUCUUCUUCUUCUUCAGUUUCUUCUGCUUCUCACUGGUGUUCUCUUCUUUUCUUUCUUCUAUUUCUUUUAAUUUCACCCUCUCUUGUUUAUUUCUCAUUUCUACCCAUCUCUCAUUUCUUCUUCAUCUUUUUCUUUCUUUCUUUCUUUCUUUCUUUCUUUCUUUCUUUCUUUCUUUCUUUCUUUCUCAUUCUUCUUCUUAUUUUUUUUUCUUCCUCACUUCUUUUCUUUCUUCGUCUUCUUCUUGUAGUUUCUUCCUUUUUGUUUUCUUCUUCAUUCUUCUAUUCCUUCCUUUUCUUUUUCCUUUUUUUUCUACUUGUUCCCAAGAUUACCCCUCUGUCCCUACAGUCCUAACACAUGAAGAAUUGUCUUCAGAGGAUAAUUCUGCCAAGUCUGUCUCAUCUGGAGGCAAUGUCUCUGUUUAUUCAGCAGCAAGUGGCAGUGAGCCCCAUCGGAUCACCCAAGAAGACCUGAAUGACAUUACUCGUGAUCUGUAUCUAUCUAAGCAGCAGUCAGGGCUGCUGGCAUCCCGACUUAAGCAUUGA